AUGCUGCUUCGUCAUAUCAUCCCAUCGAACAAUGAAGUGGAAGAGAUCUACAUUGUCAAACAGGAAGAUGAUAUAGAGGGAUCGAACUUUAACCCGCUAGAUUCUGGAGCAAAUUCAGAAUUUCUUUCGCAAGCGUUUGUAAACGAAGAUGUGGAAAUUAAGAUCGAACCGGAGAGUGAACAUUAUCCGAGCGAGGAAUCAUCUGAAACCUACCCGACUGAAGGGUAUUGUGAGCAAAACAGUAUGAUUGAUUGUACUGAAGAUCAUGCAUCACAAGAGAGCUCUGAUAAGAAGGAACACACGAAUGAAAAGAGAGAGGAAUGGUGCGUAGAUGAAACUAUACCCACAGUAAAAGUUGCAUUUCGGCAGAAAAAUGAUAUUAGUAAAGAGACAUAUGAUGAAGAUUGCCCAGAAAAUGUUAACCAGAAGCCUUCGCACGACAACGCAGUCCAAAGUUCAAAACAGAGCCCAAUUUCUGCCAAUUUUCCGGAAAAUGGAGGUUUUCACAUAAAUGUUGUCCAAGAUACAUUGAGUAUAGAUCAACAGCCAAAAUGUCGGAAGGCUGGUAGACCACGCAACAAACAACCAGAACUAUUAGAGGAAUGGUUCGUUUCUUCUACCAGCAAGCGGCGAAAAAGUCGCAUUUAUCAAACAGAUGGAAUAUGUACCGGAACAGAUGAAAUGGAAAAGGAAGAUGCAACCCAGUGCUAUAUUUGUCGAAAAGGAUUUACGAUACGAGCAGAACUGCACAAACAUCUUCAAAAAGAGCACGUAAAAGAAAUUCCAUUCAAUUGUAAAAUAUGUGUUUCGAAGACGAUUACCGAUUUACAUCGUUUAAAUUUGCACUAUCAGCAGCAUGAUAUGACGUUGAAGCGACGCUGCCACUAUUGCCCAGCCCGAUUUUCUUGUGGUCAAGCCGUUAGUAGACAUAUGCGUAAUGUACAUCAAUUACAAUACGAAAUUGAUGCGGAAAAGCACAGACGCUUUGUGUGCCGUUACUGUGCCCAAAAGUUUACGAAAAAGUAUGAUCUAGAAAAGCAUGAAAAAAAACAACACGUAGAACAAUCGAGCGAUGAAGAGUACUUGAAGCGAGAGUUGAUGUGUUACAUCUGUAAUGAUUUCGUUGGUAAAUCGCGCGAAGAUCUUAAUGAACAUGUCCGAAUGCACUCGGAUUGGUUGCCGUAUCAGUGCGGAAAAUGUGAUAACAAGAUGAUAAAUUCAACAAGAGUCCUAAGGGAACAUCUUCGUCAGCAUGCUGCCGGACUGGCCAUUAAGUGUGUCUACUGCGAGAAGCGUUUCGCAACAUUAGCUGACUGUCAGCAUCAUGAGGAGCGUGAACACGUGCAAGAGAAACAUUCGGAUGAGCUGCAGGAAGCUAAAAUCCAAUCUGAAAUACACGAUACAAAAGUUAUAGUAAAUGAUGGACAAAAACGAUUUCAGUGUCAGAGCUGUGAUCGUUCGUAUACAUUGCUAAGUACAUUACGGCGCCACCAAAAUGUGCACACGCUGGAAAACAAAUUCGAAUGCAAAUAUUGUGGCAAAGUAUUUAGCAAAUCUUCCUCGCUGACUAUGCACGAGAAACGAAAUCACGAUGAAAAUAGUCCUUACAGAUGUGAUGUUUGCUGUAAACAAUUCAAGGAAACAAGCAAAUUGAUCGAUCACCGUCGAACCCAUUCAGAAGAGAAACCGUUUAUUUGUGAGGUUUGCGGAAAGUGUUUUCGGAUUCGUCAGGUGCUAAAGGAACAUAAACUCAGCUGCUUCGGUCCGGAAGCUAAUCAAUCGUGUUACUGUGUACUUUGUGCACAAACCUUCGAUAGCCUUUCCAUAGCUCUGCAACACGUGAAAGUCGAACACGAAGCAGAUAUGUCCGACAGGAAAUGCCGGUAUUGUGAUUUAAUCAUUCGUGAGGCAGAAUCACUGGUUGAACACGAAUUUCGUCAUACACUGCCGGGCAUAAUCACGUGCAAUGUUUGUAAUCGCAUCUUCAAGCAUCAUAAAAAUCUAAUGCGCCACAUAAAGAUGCAUGCCGAUCAGCCGGUGCCGUACAUGUGUGAUUUGUGUGGCAAAACCUUUACACAGAAGGGUUCCUUGACGAUUCAUCGUCGUAUACAUACAGGCGAACGUCCCUUCUCGUGCCAGUUGUGUCAGAAGGGAUUCGUGGAUAAGAAGGAAAUGCGUCGGCACUAUACAUCCCACUUCAAUCCUCAAAGUAAAUUGUACAUACCCAAUGCCCAGUCUAUAGCAAUGCCCCCGGAAGCUGGCCCUACUGGAAAGAAAUAUAAGACGUACAACUGUAAGGUGUGCACUCGACAAUUUACAUCCAGCUCGAACCUUGCUAAGCAUCUAACAACUCAUACUGGUGAAAAGAAAUAUGUUUGCGAAUUCUGCGAGAAACGGUUCAGUCAGGGCGGUCAGCUAACAGUACACAGACGUAUACACACAGGGGAGCGUCCGUUCGCGUGUGAUAACUGUGGUGAUAGAUUUUUGGAUGGAAGCAGUUUUAAGCGCCAUAAAACACAUCACCUGUGCAGUAUAAUUACUUCAUCGCCAUCUGGUGUGCGUACUGACGCUGAAGAUUCACCAGCGGAAUUAUCAUUACCAAUCGCAUAUUCUAGUACUAUCACUAAAAUAGAAAGUAGACAAUAA